UAUGGCCACAUUGUCUUGUCUCACUAGCCAAGUCUGUUAAUAUUGGAUUUUCUUUAGCCCCAAAUCGGAAUUCAAAAACCGCGUCAAGCUCAUUUCCUCCGUAGUCUCGGUGAACAAUCGGAGACCGAAGCGAUGAGCUACCGAAGGGAGCAUCGUGCUUCCAAAGCUUCUCUCUUUGAUGAAGAUCUCGAGGAAGGUGGUCUCAGGACAUCUGCCUCAUACUCCCAUGAUAUUAGUGAACAUGAUAACGACAAGGCUGUGGAUAGUUUGCAAGACAGAGUUCUUUUUCUUAAAAGAUUAACAGGUGAUAUACACGAAGAGGUGGAGAGCCAUAAUCGUUUACUUGAAAAAAUGGGAAGCAACAUGGAUUCAUCAAGGGGUAUAAUGUCCGGAACAAUGGAUCGAUUCAAGAUGGUAUUUGAGAAGAAAUCAAACCGUAGAAUGUGCAAACUUGUGGGAUAUUUUGUGUUGUCUUUCCUGAUGAUAUAUUGGCUCAUCAGGUUCCUUAAAUAUUUCAUGAGCACUUAAGUGGAAUUAUAAAAACGUAUUCUGGAGGCUGCAUUUAGUUGCCGGAAGGAGACUAAAGAGAUUCAAUCUUGUUCUCGAAUUAUGUUAAAAAAAAGCCUGCAAAACAACUCAUGGUUCCAUUGCAUACUCAUGUAAGAUGAUCCCCAAUGUAAUUAGGAUCCCAGGCUUUUGUUUCGUGUUUAAGCAUUGUCAAUUUCAAUGGGUGACUUAAUUGUGGUGCUCAGUUAAAGAAUGUUUCCACCAUCUUUUGGUCCCCCUGUUUGCUUGUAUUGUACUUCUGUACAGUAGCUGAGAAGCAAUUGAGAAUAAACAUAUCCUCCCCUAUCAUUUGAAAAUAUACUUGAAUACUGCAGUACAGCAGGAACCUUG